AGUUCUUCUGAUGUUUCUGCAGAUCCAGGUUAAUCUGUGUGUUCCUGCUGCUGCUGAUGAUAAACAAAGUUUUUCUAAAAGAGAUUGAAGCUGUUGUAGGAGAGUCCAUCAUCUUACCCUGUUCACACAGAGAAGAGGCUCUGCAGGAUACAGUCACUGUGUUCUGGAGGUACAGGGAUAGUAAGACUGUGUACGACAUAAUCAGUGGAGUAGAGUGGUUGCGUGAACAGGAGGCAGCAUUCAGAGGCAGAGUCCAGAGUUUUCCAGAAGAGUGGAAAAAAGGUCAUUUCUCCAUCAUACUGAACAAUGUGAGGGAGUCUGAUUCAGGACAGUACACCUGCUUCAUUCCUAAACUCAACCAUCAGAAAAAACUACAGCUGAAUGUAAAGUUUAAAGUUCCAGCUGCAGCAGGGUUGUUAGGAAACGGGAAAAAACCAGCAGAAGAGCUGAAGAACAGCAACGUCAAACCAAGUCCACAGAACCUUUUGCUUUUCUCUGCAGUGUUGGCACUGAUAUUUCUGCACGUCUGAUAUCCAAAGUCAUAUUUUCAGAUACUUUUUUAUAUAUAUAUAUUUUUCUGUAUAUUAAUGUAAAUAAAAGGCUGUACAUAUAGA